AUGUCUAUAGAACCCUUGUUUUGUGCAGCCCUGCAAACCAAUAAAUCACCACUGCUCACUAUAGACAUAGAGGGAAUCACAGACACUCAAACUGCUCUAAUUGAUUCUGGAUCUUCUGCCAACUUCACUGAUCCCCAAUUUGCCCAUUCUCACAACAUUCCACUCACUGAAUUGGAUUCCCCACGCUCUGUCAUUGGCAUUGAUGGCAAACAAGUCCGCAACCCUAUCCGCUUCAAGGCUUGGCUAGUCUUUAGCUCUCAAAACAGGCAAUUUUCCGCCAUCUUCUAUGCUCUUCCGCUUGGAAACAGAAACCUUAUCCAUGGAACCCCCUGGCUUGAAUUGGCUAAUCCAGACAUUGAUUGGACCACCAUGAAAGUUUUACUCCGCCUAGCUACAGCACAAGCUGGCAACAUCAACCCUGAGCCUCAGAAUCUUCCUGUUGAAUUCCAGGAGUUCCAGAAAGUUGUCACAACCAAGAGUGAAAUGACUGCUGUGAGAUAA